CGCGCCUGCUGUGCAGUUUAGACCAAACUUUCGUUGCCCGUCAUCGCUCAGCACUGGACGCCUGAUCUUGAUCCUGUUAAACCAACUGAAGAUAUCCGUACUAAUUGCUACUACCAGCAAUGGGCCACCACAUUUGGAGCAUACUGCUGAGCCUGCUGCUGCUGGAACAGUUGUUGGCGCUGACCGCAGCGGCCAAUCUCGCGCAGCUGGUGAAGAAGCAGAGCCAACAGAAGCAGGGGCAGGUGUCGCAGGCAGCACAGCUGCAGCAGCAGCAGCAACAGCAGCUGCCACAGCAGCAGGUGCACGCCCAGCAGUAUGUCCAGGAUGCGCUCGCCGAGUCGCAGGAGCUGAAGAGCGACGAGGAGGAGGACCAUGAUCCUUACCAGAUGCUGCAGGAGGGCAAACAGGAGUCCCGGCUGCCGGCCUCCUCCAACUACCCCUGGAGCGCCUAUGCGGGUGCACAGGGAAUGGCCAAUCCCUACGAGAGCGUGCCCAAGAUGAUGCCCUUCAUUGGCUAUGCCCAGCCCGUGCUCAUCCCCUUCCCGCUCUACAUAGCCCCCGAUAUGUUCUAUCCCGCCUUCCCUGGGGCCACCAACGACCUCGAGGAUGUGGUCAUGUCGCGUGCCGCUGGCGGACGUCGUCCGGCCGCACCUCAUCCAACGUCUCCGGCUCGGAACUCGCCCAUCUACUACGUCCGCCUGCCGCCUACGCCGUACAUGUUCGUCCCGAACAUGCCACCGAAUCCCUUUGGCAACGGCUUCUCCCCGCUGCUCACCUACCAGCCGAUGCCCUCGUUCUCCACCUUCGGUUCCGUGUUCAAUCUGCCCGUCAAUUUCCUGGCCAACGGCAAGCCCAGCGGCAUCUACCAGGUCAAUGGAUCGCCUAGCGAUUUGGGACAGUUUACAUCCGGAUACGGCGUGGGUCGCCCGCCCACGCCCAGCAAUCCCUUCCGGCCCAUGUCCGCGCCCUCCGCCGGCUACGGGCAGUCUCAGCAGGGCUUCGGACUCGCCUCCCUGCCAGUGCCGCAGCACGACUCCAAACUGACCUCGCUGAAGCGUCCGUUCGUGUUCAACGGUCGUCCCGAGGACAUCUACAUCCUGCCCAACAACCUCAGUCCGCUGUACAACGAUCAGAGCUACUACUGAGUGCAGCCCACAGUCUGCCCGAGGCAGUGGCACCAACUGAAAGUAUUAUAGAAUGCAUUUAUUAGAUCGUAAGAUGACACA